ACUGAUGAAUCGAUUACAAUUUCAUAUGUGCACUUCAGACAGUCUCAAGUACAAGCAUGUGCUCGCGUUCCCAAAGGCGGCAAUGAUCAUGGCUGCCAAAGGUCUAAGACCAAAAAGCACUUCUGAAGACCAAAUCACAGUCCCAACGGAUGAUCUCAUGACAGAGGCUACUGCUGAUGCAAGCAAAACUGUAUUGUACAUGCAUUCUGUGUGGCAAAGCACUGAAACAAACAUCCAGAAUGUCAAAGUGGCCAGCCCCGCAGGGCAAGGGCCAUUUCCAUGUCGCCUAGGGCAAUUGCAUUGCCAACAUUAAGGCAGAAUAGUUUGCCAGGUGGCAGGUAUGCAAAAGCUUGUCGUUGUGCUAUAAAUAGCGCCAUGAAUCGGCAAAUGAUCUUUCUGUAGUCUUGUGACAUGUCGGUACGAGACAUGGCGUUUGCACCGGUCUCACAUUUGUCCUCACGAAACCAAUCCGUCCACAGCAACCAUCCUACUCCUUGCAAAAGGUCCCUGUACAAUGUAGCAAGGGGAACAAGGCGACUCCCAGUCACUAUAUAAGAAGAGUCAGGCUGGCAUGUGAACACUCCAGAUCCUCCCGGCACUGUCGCAUCAGCUCCCACUACAGCUACCUCCUUUUUGCAGACCUGAACACAAGUCUGCUAGUGCUUCUGUUGUCCACAACGAUCAGAACUUUCCGCCAUAUGACAAGACUGCC